AUGUAAUCCAUGAAGGAGAGUGGAGUCAUUUCCUGUCCAUGUUUAUUCUUGAAAUAUUUCUUCAAAUUGUAAAUAUUCUACCGGCGAUAUCCUGCAUUUGAGUAUUUGCAAAAUAAAGCAAACCGAUUCUUAUGUAACUAAUGGAGGAAGAGCAAGGUGCAACUGGGGGAAAAGUAUCACCAACGUCAGAAAGUCCACCAAGCACCCCUGUGAACGGAGUUAGUGAUCAGGAAUCCCCAGAUGCUAAGACAAUAAAAGAUGUUCAUUUGUGGAAAGGAGAAAAAAUCCUGGCCACAGGAAAAGACGUCACUUACCUUUGCCCUUUCAGUGGACCUGCCAGAGGAGUUAGUUAUGUGACAAACUACAAGUUGGUGUUUAAAGCAGAUGAGGAUCCUAUGUACACUGUUGAGUGCCCUCUUGGGACGAUUCUGCGUGUCGAGAAGGUUGGUGGUUCUACAAGCCGGGGAGAAAAUGCAUAUGGUUUGGAAAUAUUUUGUAAGGAUAUGAGAAAUCUCCGAUUUGCACACAAACAAGAAAAUCAUUCUCGAAGAAUUGUUUAUGAAAAACUUCUGCAAAUGGCAUUCCCGUCCCCGAAUAUAAAGGAAUUCUUUUGCUUUAAAUUACAAGAGAAGUUUCAGGACAAUGGCUGGGAUGUUUACGAUGCUUCACGAGAUUUGCAUCGACUGGGUUUGCCAACAGAUUGUUGGCGAAUAUCCCACAUUAACGAGAAUUACGAACUUUGUGAUACUUACCCACCCUUGGUGGGAGUUCCUCAAGACGUGGUAGACGAUGAUUUAAAGCAAGUUGCAACAUUCAGGAGCAGGUCAAGAAUCCCAGUUUUGUCAUGGCUGCAUCCUGUUAAUAAUGCUUCCAUCACACGAUGCAGUCAGCCUAUGUGUGGCGUGAGAGGCACGAGAAAUAAAGAUGAUGAGAAAUAUUUACAGAGUAUUCUGGAUGCAAACCCACAGUGUCACAAACUGCUUAUAAUGGAUGCAAGACCAAGAAUCAACGCGGUAGCUAAUCAGGCGAAGGGCGGUGGUUAUGAAAGUGACGAAUUUUAUCAAAAUAUAGAAUUGUUCUUUUUAGAUAUUGCAAAUAUUCACGUUAUGAGAGAAAGUUUACGCAAGCUUAAAGAUAUUUGUUUUCCAUCAAUUGAUGAUGUUCACUGGCUUGCUAACCUCGAAGCUACACACUAUCUGGAACAUAUUAAGCUGAUUUUAGCUGGUGCCGUGCGAAUUGCUGAUUCGGUUGAUAGAUGUCGAACCUCGGUACUUGUACACUGCAGUGACGGGUGGGACAGAACAGCACAGUUAACUGCGCUUUCAAUGUUAUUGUUGGAUCCAUAUUACCGAACGAUUGUUGGGUUCGAGGUUUUAAUUGAAAAAGAAUGGCUGAGUUUUGGACAUAAAUUUGCCCAGCGCAUCGGUCAUGGAGACAAGAAUUAUUCAGAUGAUCAAAGGUCUCCUGUAUUCGUUCAAUUUAUCGAUUGCGUUUGGCAAAUAACAAGACAGUUUCCCUGUGCGUUUGAAUUCAACGAACAAUUCCUCAUUACAAUUCUUGAUCAUUUGUAUAGCUGUUUGUUCGGAACGUUCUUAUGUAAUACGGAUUCUCAGAGAGAAAAAGAGGAAGUAAGAACUAAAACAACUUCCCUAUGGUCGCACAUUAAUAGUGAUUUGGAAAGUUAUAUGAAUCCAUUGUUUGCGACAUAUCUGCACAACCAUGUUCUAUUUCCUGUCGCAAGUCUUCGAAGAUUGGAGCUUUGGACGUCAUAUUAUAUCAGAUGGAAUCCAAGAAUGCAGCCACAAGAAUCAGAAGAACAAAGAAACAGAGAACUGUUUCAACUUACUCAACAGCUACGACAAAAAUGUGAUGAACUUCAGCGUGAAAUCGAGAGUCGUAUGAUGGAAGCACAAUCCACCCAGGCACCGUCUGAUUCCAUCCCAAGUGAUCACUCCCCAACCCAAUGGCCGUCUUCGUCAGCUGUGUAAACAUUGUAGAUGCACAACUUUAUACAGGGGGAUAUAUGUAGCUAUCUAAAAUGUGUAUACAGAUCAUUCGAAAAAGGUUGUUAUGAAAAAUUCAUAAGUUCAAACUCAAUUCGAAGUCUGCAAACAUCAUGCAGGGUUACGUGUAUGGGAUAUACAGGUUAAUUUGUGCCGUAGAGUGUUGUUUCAACUUGUUCAAACAGACUCAACUGUUGGUGUUAUCACAUCGUCUAACAGUUUUCGAAUAAGUAUAUAUGAUGUUUGUAUGUGCGAGUUGAAGAUGAUGGGUAUUUAAUACUAAUAGCGAUUAAUUUUAGAAUGAAUAAAGUUUGUAAAUAAUGAUGAUAUUAUAGUCUUGAUGUUAUAAGGACGUUUUAUUGGACUUUUUUACAUUGCUAGGAA